UUGUGAUAACACUGAUGCAAUAUUAUGCUUAUGUGUAACUCUGGGUGUCUGUGUACGGUUACGUCUGUACUCUCUACACGAGUUACAACUCACCGAAUCACAACUAUGAUUAGCAUAAUUUAAGAUAUUAUUAUACAUAUUUUUAUACUACUCACUAAUAAAAUAAUUUCGUAUUCGAGUAUGACACUAUGUCAAUAAACCGGACGUAUUUGUUGGUUUUACGUUACAUCUGAAAUCGAGUUUAUUUUCAAAUACACGAAAAAAUGAUUACCACCAUCCAUACGAAAAUACAAUAGCCGAGCACAACAAAUACAAUUGAAGAACAAAUCAUUUUAAGCAGAUAACGAAUUUUAAGAGUUCAAUAAUAAAAUCAAGUGGUUCUAUUCAUCUAUAAAUAUGGAUGUUAAAUUGAGUUUAAUCCUAAUGCUAUCAUUUCCAUUUGUUACACCAAUCCGUUGGCUUAUGCAUCCAAAUACACAAAAAUGUUUACGUGAAGAACUCAGACAAAAUGUAUUGGUAAAAGGUGAUUAUGAGAUUGCACCAAUUGAAGGUCAGUUUAUGGAUUAUAUAGUUAGAGAUUCUAAAGGACACAUCUUGGCAAAUAAACAAGACAUUACUAAAGGGAAGUUUACGUUUAGUACUGAAAAUUAUGAUAUGUUUGAAAUUUGCUUUAAUUCCCGUGUACCUGGAUAUCAAAGAGGAACUUUGCAGGAGGUUUCAUUAAACAUUAAAACUGGCGUUGAGGCUAAAACAUAUGAGGGACUUGGAGAGGUGGCUAAAUUGAAACCUUUGGAAUUAGAUUUGAAAAUGUUGGAAGAUUUAUCGUCAUCUAUUGUCCAAGAUUUUUCUGAUAUGAAGCACCGUGCCGAAGAAAUGCGAAAUACAAAUGAAUCAACAAGCAGAAGAGUCAUUGGUUCAGUAUGUUCAGCAUUCUUUGUUUAUUCGGAUUAAGUGUAUGGCAGAUCUUAUACUUAAGGAGAUAUUUUAAAGCUAAGAAACUCAUUGAGUAGUAUUAAUGGAUGUCUAUUAAAAUUUUGUUUUUCUUUUACAGUCUUACAUUAAAAUAUAUAAUAUCAAUUGUAAUUGGAAGUUAAAUUGUCUUACCUAAUUUAUUUUAUUUUCUAUGAAAUUAUAUAUUUACACAUUUUAAUAAAAAAAUCAAUACAUUA